AUGGCGCCGGCGUGGCCCAUCCACGUUUCACGCACUCCAGUCCCUGCCCCUGUGCCUGAGCCUGCGUCUCCGAAGGACCACGGGGUGUCGGCGAACAGAGGCGGGGCGUCUUCCUUUGGGGAUGCUCCCGUCACCACAUCGUGUCCUCACUGCCACAAAGCAAUCACCACAACGAUCUCCUACAGGCACUCUUGCGUCGGAGUCACAAUCUGCCUCUUGACGGCUCUGCUGCUCGGUUGGUACGCCUUCUGCCUCGUCCCCUUUCUCUGGCUAGGCCUCAAGGAUGCAGUCCAUACGUGCCCGUCAUGCAGAAACUUGAUUCACCGGCACUCACGGAUCCACAUCCCGGUUUCUUCCCUCCGGGAUGAGGUCGUGACCGUCAAGUGCGGCAGCUGUGCCGUGGUCCUCUCUCGUCGCUACUUCCUUCUUUUCUCCGUGAUUCUGUUUCUUAUUCUCCUCUUUUACGUCUUGCGUGCUGGGUGGCUCGGCAGCGCCUUGGACGUCAUCCCUAAAGGUCCCCUGAUCGCGUCCUCGUGGCGAGACUUUUAUCAAGAAUGCGGGCAGAGGAGUCAACUGGGGAAUCCGCUCUCAGCUGCCGGGAACUUCCGCGAGCACUUUUUGGGGAAGACAGUGAAGUGGGAAGGUCUCGUCAAGCAAGUUAAAGAAGGAACCUUCAGCUCAAACUUCCUCUUCCUGGCGAUGUACCCCACGAUGACAAAUGAAGGUCGCGGCAACGUGGACAGCCGCAGCGCCGGCAGUCUGGGCUCCGCAGGCCGAGGCAACUCGAGCUUGGCUUCGCUCUUGUUUGGAGACGAGGGCGAAGAGGGCGGCGAGAUGGGAGACAAAGGAACGGGACGGGGCAAAGGGGACGGCGAACAGGCGGGCCAGCGGCAAGAGGAGGAAGCGGAUCUCCUUUCGUUGGACGAGGAAAACCGAGGCAUGCAGGGAGAUGGAGCUGACCUCGCUCUUGCCUUCAGUGAAGAUCUGAACGGCAAGGUCGCGCAACUCGUGCCAGGAGAUAAAGUCGCCUUCGAGGCCACUCUCGUCGAGCUAGGAAGAAGGCAAGUGAUUCAAAGUGCUUUCGUGCGCGGUGUCCGUCUCAAGGACUGGGUUUUUGCUAGGCUUUAUUUUUCACUUUCAAGAGGCAGGCCGUCCCUGGGGCGUCUGUGGGCGGUGGCGGUCGUGGAGACGUGGGAAGACAGGAAGAAGCGACUGCGCGAGAAGGCUGAAGAGGAGAGCAAUUUCUUCCAGCACUUGUUCCCAUCCUUCGCGUCCCCGUUCGGGGGCUUCAGUCCGCUGUCGCUGAUGGGCUCGCUGGGCGGUCGCGGCGUCAUCGUGGUGCGCCGGCGGAUCAUCACUUCCGACAGUCCCUCGCCGUUUUCCUCGGUCGGCCCAGUGUGGCAGUCUGCGGGAAGCUUGGAGAACGACGCAGGCGAAGGCGUGGUUCGUGUCGUCAGCAUGGCUGGGACGGCCGGGCGGUCGGGAGAGGCGCACGAAGGCGCGGAGACGCACAACCGCAAACCAACGGGGAGCGAAGGCGCUGCGGCUUCAGAAGCCGCGCCCGGAGAGACGGGAAGCAACCCGGGGGAAGGGUCUUUCGCGAUGAAACUGGCUCAGCGAGCUCCCACGCUCUUUGGUGGAUUGGUGGAUGCGUCGGCGGGCCAGGACGCACAGCCCUGGGAGACGCUCUUGCAGCAGCUUCGCGAGAAGACAGAGGGGAAGGACAGUGGCGGAGGGGUGUUUGCGUCGCUGCAUUUGGACGGAGAGGAGGACGACCUCGAUCAUCUCCAGAACGACGCAGACUCCGACCUGGCGAAACGCUUGGACAGCGACACGAUCUGGAGAGGCGCCUGGGACGAAGACCACGACAUCGACGUCGAGGAAGGAUUCAAGCACGAGACACCAGGCGCGGCGCCAGAGGAAACGAAGCCGACGCAGGCGUCGAAAACGCCCGAAGCGAAGACCCCUCAGGGCAAAGUGUUCUCUGUCGGGAAGCCGCAGACGCAAGAGGCUGCGCGUGGUGGACAGACGAAGGGUGUCGGCAAGGCGGAGAAAGUCGGGAAAAAACCGGAAACGAGAGCAGCGAGUCGCGGAGAAGCCUCCGGCCAGAAGGCGAAGCGGGGAGCGAAAACAAACCAGAACGCACAGACACGCAACACUGGGAAGCCGCAUUCAAAAAAGCGGGCACCGCCAAGUUCUCCUCCUUCUCCUGUGCCUCCGCCUGCGCGUCAAGCUGCUCCGUCGCGUGAGGCGCCUUCGGAGAAGGGGCCGAAAGAGCAGGAAAAGGCCCACGGACAGCAGCCCGCUUCAGCCCGGUCAGAGGGCGAGGCUGAAGCAGGGAGAGGAGUUUCCCUUCCCCCUUCUUCGUAG